AGGGGUAUAAAAGGCUCUUGCAACUCGACGCUGCAGAUCAGGGCGCAUCAGCGGGUCUAAAGACAGCAAGAUCUUUCUCAAGUAUUGCCAGAGGAUUACCAAUUGAGGUUUGCUGAAGAUUUCGUCAUGAAGUUCCUCAUCCUAACAGCAUGCGUGGCUGUGGCCACUGCUUUCACCCCUGCGACUAAGCCAGUGUGCAAUGCUGACAAUAACGAAGGUGGAUCUCUUCUGAUGUCCCACGAGAACUAUUGCCAGCUGUACUACUCUUGCAACGGUGACCAGCAAGCCUUUGAAAUGACCUGUCCAGAUGGCUACCUCUUUUCAUGGGAUGAAGGAUUGGCCAACUGUAUACCUCCCGAUGGCGUCACUGUAACUUGCCCUAACUGGAGGUGUUUAUCCUCUGACAUCGGCAAUCGUUUCCCUGAUACAUGUUGUUCCAAAUACUGGGAGUGCACCAGCGGAGGAACGUUGCUUGCCAGGUCUCCCGCCGUGUGGACUUCACUCAACUUCCUCUGGUAACCUUCAGCGAAAAGAUCAAUAGUCAGCUGGGUCAUUUCUUCCUCACACCUGGUGUCACCGUGCAAAACAACGAGGCUGUCUACACCCCAACACUGAAUAUGUGCUGCUGAACAACGAAUUUUCCCUGGACCCCAACAACCCACUGUGUGACCCAGCCACCAUUUCCAUUCGUGCUAGAUACGACAAUAUCAUCAAUGGAGCUCGAAGCUGGACCUUCCAGAUUUCUGCUACUGGAGAAUUAAACAAUGUUGCCCAAGGAAGUGCCACAAUCACUGGAGAUCUCACAGACUACUUCAGGAUUGAAUACCGUUUCUCUGGAACCCUGAGCGGAACCAUCACCAACAGGGGAAUCAACGCAAACCAGAACGUCAGAAGUUCAACCAUCACCUCUUCCACUAACAUUGGAGGUGCCAUCAAACCCAACAAGUGUGGUUUCAUGAUUGGGCGUGGGCUGACCGGUCGCAUCAGGAACUUCAACAUCUAUGAGGGCUGUGGAAACUUUGCCAACAUUGGUGUCUAAGAAGGUGUUACGGACAUCAAGCAGCUUGACACUGUUCUCCACCAUUUCGGAAAAUGAAUAUCGUUAAUUUAAGAAAAUUUAAAUUUGUUCCUGUCCCCUUUCCUCGACUUCAUCUAUCAUUAUUGUUUAAACGCUAGUUUUCUCCCUCGCAUAAGAAGAGUGUUUGUAUUCGUCAAAAUAAAGCUAUGAUUCCUCGUU